GGGUAAUCCAUUCCAACUGGCUGGCCUGAGCUAGUCUUCCUCGAGUUCGUCCCGGGGAUGGAUGUUCCUUAUGUGGACUGGACUUCCUUAUUCCUUACUGGCACUCCAGCCACGCGAUCCUCGUCGGUUUUGUAAUGACGAGUUGUCAUACUUUUUGUCGUACCUACUGUUCGUCGUUUUACGUUUAAUUACCACUGCUUCCAAUUGACAUCCAGCCCAUUUCGGACUGUCAUGCUGAAUAGGGAUUGCACAAUCCACCCAGUUUUAUUUUACACUUCAUCAAUCCGUUUCGUUCUCCCCGACGCUUUCUAAUCCGUCGGUGGUUUUUCAAUUUUGAAGUUUACAAAACGGCCAUGGAUCCUCCCGUUGAGGCAGGACACAUAGAAUACAUAGAUUCGGAUGAAUAUGACGAAUUUCUCGCUUUGUCGGACAUCGAAUCGUCAAGUCCGCAGAUUCCAGGAAGGACGCAAGUUCAGCCUACUUGCAACGAGUUUUAUAUGGUUCACAGUGAGCCGGUCAAAUUUAAGACUCACAACCGCAAUGUGUUCAUUACUGGUCAAGAUAUUCACCUGCAGAUCAUUGCAUAUGAGAGAAGUAUCACGACUCAUCUUCUGAACCCCAAUCUGUAUACAAUUCACUUGAGACAUGGAGAUUUUUCUUGGACAAUAAAGAAGCGAUACAAGCACAUUUUGCACCUACAUCAGCAGCUCAAGAUGUACAGAGCAAGUCUCAAUGUUCCUUUCCCGACAAAAACGCACAAAGAACGUAGAACGAGCUUUAAAAAUGAAGUUUCAAAGGACAAAUCUGUGAAGAAACACUUUCCAAGAUUUCCAGCGAAACCAGAAGCACUGGUGCCAUACGAUAAGAUUGACGAGAGGAUGAAACAGUUGGAGGAUUAUCUAAACAAUUUGUUGAAAAUUAAGCUUUACAGAAACCAUCAUGAAACGAUUGCCUUUCUCGAAGUGAGUGAACUCUCGUUUAUCGGCGCCCUGGGCGUGAAAGGGAUGGAAGGGCCCGUUCAGAAGAGAACUCGCAGUGCUUAUCCAAGAACUGCAGGUUGUAAUAUAUGUGGAUGUUGUGACAGUGGAUUAUGUGUUAGAUGCCAUUACAUAUGUGGAGAUCUUUGCGCUACAUGGAGAUCGAGGUGGUUGAUUGUGAAAGACAGUUUUGUUGCAUACAUCAGGCCAAAAGAUGGAAGGGUGAAAGCCGUCAUACUUUUUGACUCCGGAUUCGAUGUCUCUUCUGGAGUUUUCACGACCGGAAGGAGGAAAGGUCUUCACAUCACCAACAUGUCGAGGCAAAUAUUGCUUAAUUGCCCUACUCGGAGGACAGCUCGUGAAUGGCAGGCUUAUAUAAAAGAUAUGGUCAGACAGAAAGGAGCUGAUUUUACUCAGAGGAAUCGUUAUUUUUCUUUCACGCCCGUGAGGCCGUUUGUAAAAUGCGCAUGGUUUGUCGAUGGAAAAUCGUACAUGGCGGCAGUCGCGACUGCUUUGGAGCAGGCAAAGGAAGAGAUAUACAUUGCAGACUGGUGGCUCAGCCCUGAAAUAUACAUGAAGAGGCCAGCGCUACAAGGAGACUAUUGGAGGCUUGAUAAAAUUUUACAAAGGAAAGCCGCCGAUGGUGUAAAAAUAUUCAUCCUUUUGUAUAAAGAAGUUGAAAUGGCAAUUGGCAUCAAUAGUUUCUACAGCAAACAAAAACUUACCGCUGAAGGCUCACAGAACAUAAAAGUUUUACGCCAUCCUGAUCACGCAAAGGCGGGUAUUCUUUUCUGGGCUCAUCAUGAAAAAAUGGUCGUCAUAGAUCAAAGUUUGGCAUUCCUUGGUGGCAUUGAUUUAUGCUAUGGCCGUUGGGAUGAUUACAAGCAUAGGUUAACUGAUCUUGGAAGUCAAGUAGAUGGAGGAAAUAAAUUUCAAGAUUUUAUGUCCCUCUCUCUUGCAACUCAUGCUCUUGCCGCUUCAGUCUUAGCAUUAAAGUCAAAUGGAGAAAAUGGGAAUGUGAACAAUAACACAGAUGGAGAUGAAGUUUAUAUGCAGCCGACCGAGGAGAAUGUUAAGUGCAAUACACCUGAACUAGAGAGAAAAAGCCUCUUUGAUACUGUAAAAACACGUGGUAAGGAAUGGAUGAAUCUAUGGAGUUUUAAUUCUGAUGAAGAUGAGGAUAUAGACUUGGUUGAUAAUACGAAAGAUACUAGAAAUAUGAUAGAAAGAGAAAGGGAAUCUGCCAGUAUAUUAACGCAAGAAACCUUGGUCUGUCCUGAAAUGUCAGAAGAUGAUUUGGAGAAAGGGAUGAUAACUGAAGAGCCAGCAGGUUCUAAACUUUGGGUCGGAAAAGACUAUACAAAUUUCAUUCUUAAGGAUUUUGAAAAUCUCGACCUCCCUUUUCAAGAUCUUGUGGAUCGUACCAAAACGGCAAGAAUGCCAUGGCAUGAUGUCGGUGUUAUGGUGAAAGGUACUGCAGCCAGGGAUUUAGCAAGGCAUUUUAUACAGAGAUGGAAUGCUGUGAAGCUCGAAAAAUCAAAGAUCAAUCCCCAGUAUCCGUAUCUUCUUCCGAAGUCAUACAAUGAGUAUUCACACUUCGAAUUGCCGGGUGUUAGGGAGAUCAGUGCCUCGUGUCAGGUUGUGAGGAGUUUGUCACAAUGGUCUGGUGGAUUCAUCGAUCAAGAAACAUGGGAGGGGAGCAUUCACGAAGCGUUAGUUGACGCCAUUGCCAAAGCAAGAUAUUACGUUUACAUUGAAAAUCAAUUUUUCAUUUCACUCGGUUCUCAAUCAUCUCAAGUCAGGAACCAAGUGGCUGAUGCUCUUUUUAAAAGGAUCGUACGAGCUCACAGGGAAGGUAGUGUGUUCAGAGUAUUUGUCGUCCUUCCGUUACUACCAGGUUUUGAGGGUGAAGUCGGUACACCAAGUGGUACAGCUCUUCAUGCAAUAACCCACUGGAAUUAUGCAUCAAUUUGCAGAGGAAAAAAUUCAUUAAUUAUGAGAUUAAAAGAUGCAGGCAUACCUGACCCAGAUGAAUAUAUCACAUUUCAUGGCUUAAGGACACACUCCAUUUUGAACAAAGCUCCGAUCACCGAACUUAUCUAUGUUCAUUCCAAAUUGUUGAUAGCCGACGACCGAUUAAUGAUAUGCGGAUCUGCUAACAUAAACGACAGAUCACUGUUGGGAAAGAGAGAUUCCGAGAUUGCUGUCGUCAUCGAAGACGAGGAGUUUAAAGAAGGACAGAUGAACGGAGCGACAUUUUUAAGUGGGAAACUUUGCGGAGCGCUGAGAAGAUUUUUAUUUAAAGAGCACCUGGGGAUUCUUGGCAGUCAACAGCCUACGAUUGAUGUAACUGACCCUAUCUCACGCGCAUUUUAUCACAAUGUUUGGAGGAGAAUUGCAAAGUCAAACUCUGAGAUUUAUGAAAAAGUUUUUCAUUGUAUACCAUCAGAUCAAAUAAAAACUUUCAAAGAUCUUAACAAUGAGAUAUACUACCCUAAAUGCUUGUAUGAUCCUGAAGCAGCCGUAAAAGAUUUAGAAGGGGUUCAAGGUCAUCUCGUUAUGUUUCCUUUAGAGUUUCUAAAAGAUGAAGUUCUAACUCCUAAUCCAAUGGGUGUCCAAGGAAUGCUGCCGACAUCCCUUUGGACGUAGAAAUAUGGUGUAACAAAUAUAAUUAUGGUGAUGCUGGGUUUUCGCCUGCGAAUCGAUGACUUGCUGAACCAGCACUGGGCUACUAUUUCACUAAUUGGGUCCAUCUUUGCAUUUAUUAGUGAAGCGCCUGUUCAGCAUGAAAUAUAAUUAUGUUGCUUACCUUUGUGAAAAAAAUUAUCAGUAAAUAGUGAAAAGAAGCUUUAGACUAUAAUUUUAAAACCCAUCUCAGUGAAAUUGCCUUUUGAGCUUCAGAUGAAAAACUUGCGCAACUACAAUAUUAGUAGCACUAUUCUAGGUUUUAUACUUUUAAUUGUAAUGUUAAUUCUCAUAAAAAAACAUAUCAGUUUGGAACAAUGGAAAGAUUGUCUAAACUUUUCUUUAUAUACAAUAUAUUUUUAAAUAAAAGAGUUCAUAAAAAUGUA